AUGAAUGCCUCCGGACCUUCUAACCCCAAUAGCACGGCACUAGAUGAGGGGUCUAUGGCGAGUACAUCUGUGGCUUGCGUGAUUCUGAGUCUGUCCUUCCUGGUAGGGGCUCCCGGGAAUCUACUGGUGAUUUGGACCAUCCUGAAGCAUAUCAAGCUGCGUUCCCACACAGUGGUGCUCAUCCUCCAUCUGGCCGUCGCAGAUCUCCUGGUGCUGGUCACCCUGCCCCUGUGGAUCUACUCCCUGGCAAGCUCCUGGAUCUUUGGGAACUCUACUUGCAAGGCCUUAACCUACAUCAUUAAUGUUUGCAUGUACAGCAGUGUGUUUCUCAUCACCAUUAUGAGUAUAGAACGCUAUGUGGCCAUCUGCUACCCUUUGAAGAUGCUUGGCUGGAAAGGUUUGGGUACGCUGUACAAAUGUUUGGGAGUCAUGUGGUUUGUGUCUUUUCUUUUGGGAAUUCCAGCACUCUUGAUCCAUUACGUGGAUGUGACUGAUGAUGGUAGUCUUCAGUGCAUUUUCAAAAAUCACACUUCUGAUAACCAAGAGCUGUUUUGCCUCUGCCUAGAGUCCUCUGUUGGCUUUGUGAUUCCAUUUUCCAUUUUGGCCAUCAGCUACUGUCAGGUGGUCACACGGCUGAAUCAGCUGCACUCCGCCACCAAACAGAGGUCAACUGUGCUGAUCAGCAGUGUGGUUGUGGCCUUUGCCCUACUCUGGCUUCCUCAUCACAUCCUCAAUAUCAUCGACGUUAUCAUCAUGUAUGCAGGGAACUCUACACCAGACAUCAAAGAUAAUUUUGUGCUCAUUGCAGGCGCCCUGGCCUUCAUCAGCAGUUCAGUGAACCCUGUGCUGUAUGCUUUUGCGGCACGGCAUUUCCAGGGUGGACUUAGAAGGUCUGGCUUUGUGAAACUGUUCCUUGACAUAGCCUCCAAUUCUUUGAAAGCCAAAGAGAAUUCAAACGUUCAGGAUAUCAUAGCACAAACUGAAGUAUAA